AUGAAGGUCACAUCCGCUAUUGUGUUUUUAUCCCUUCUGGCCUCUGGCCAGGCCACCGGAGCGUCCUGGGGCUCCGAGAAAUGCUACUCUAGCCCGGGUAGAUCGCCUAACAAGUGUAACGACUCCCAGCAAAAGGGCUUCAGCUGGACUGAUCUCGCUCCUGGCUCUUUCUCCAGCUAUGGUGGCUUUUCCUUUUCGGGUUUCACUUGCGGCAAUGGCUUCGGUUCUAGCCUUGGCAAGCGUGGCACCCAGAAAUGUAUCUCCGGUACCGUCUCCAAAGGUAGCUCCUCUAGCUCCUCCAGCUCCAGUGGCUCCAGUGGCUCCAGCUCCCACAGCUCCAGUGGCUCCGGCUCCUCUAGCUCUUCUAGCUCCUCCUCGUCGGCUCCGUCGUUCUCCUGUGGCUCGGAUGAGAGCGGCUUCUCUGUGACCAACUUCCACGUUGCUACCGAUAAGGAUACCGACUUGCACAUCAUCUACAGCAUGCCCGAUGGAUCGACUUGCAAGAACACCGCUUCCUGCAACUCCGCUGGUACCGUGGUCAGCAACGACCAGUGUGGUGGUGCUACGUCUGUUCACUUCGAGCUGCCCGACGAUAGUGAGCAUGAGAGCUGCGGUUUGGGCAUCUACAGCGUUGGCUUCGACUGCACUCCUGGUUCCACAACCACUGCGCCUGUCGUUUCCAGUACUUCUGCUAUUACCAGAGUUCCAUCUGAACAGACUUCUGUCUCCAGUUCUAUCGUCGUGCCUUCGCUCUCUGUCCCAGGCUCUGUCCCAGGCUCUGCUGUCACCAGCUCUACCGCUGUGCCUUCGCUCUCUGUCCCAGGCUCUACCCCAGGCUCUGCUGUGUCUCCAGUCACCACUCCGGCAGUGAGCACACCUGUUCAGAUGACUACCUCGACUGUGUUCACCACUAGUUUGAUCACUAUCACUAGCUGUGCUCCGACUGUCACCAAUUGCCCAGCUGGAUCUACCGUUGUGGUAACUUCAACUAUCGCUCUUUCCACCACGGUCUGCCCCGUUACUGAGACUACUGCUACCGCUACAAGCUCGCUCUCUGUGCCUGCUGUAUCUAGCCCGAGCGGUGUUUCCCCCGUCAGCUCAUCGGCUGGUAUUCCUGGCGUUGCUAGUGGUACAUCCGUUCCUGGAUCUUCGAUCUUGCCUUCUUCUGCUAUUUCCUCUACUGCAGGCGAGACCCCUGAUGUAACUUCUGCCACUUCGACCCCGGUGAUCACCACCCCAGUCCAGAUGACUACGUCGACCGUGUAUACCACCAGUUUGGUUACUAUCACUAGCUGUGCCCCGACUGUUACCAAUUGUCCAGCAGACUCGACUACAGUGGUGACUUCGACAAUCCCUAUUUCAACCACUGUCUGUCCCGUCACUGAGACUACCACAGGUGCCGUCGGCUCCACACCUCUGUCCGCAGUCCCAAGCCCGAGCGGUGUUUCCCCUGUCAGCUCAUCGGCUGGUAUUCCUGGUGUUCCCAGUGGCACAUCCGUCCCUACAUCUUCGAUUCCGGCCUCUUCUGUUUCAUCCGCUCCGGGCGAGACCCCUGUUGGAACUUCAGCCGCUUCAACCCCGGUGAUCACCACUCCGGUCCAGAUGACUACCUCAACCGUGUAUACCACCAGUUUGGUUACUAUCACUAGCUGUGCUCCGACUGUUACCAACUGCCCAGCACACUCGACUACAGUGGUGACUUCGACAAUCCCUGUUUCAACCACUGUCCGUCCCGUCACCGAGACUACCACAGCUGAAGUCGGUUCCACACCUCUGUCUGCAGUCCCAACAGGGGUCUCGCCCGUGAGCUCCUCGGCUGGAUCACCUCCCGCCAGUGGAACUUCGGCCGGAACCCCCUCGGCUCCCAGCGUGACCUCCGCUGUCUCGUCCCCUGCUGGUACUCCCCUCGCCCCUGGAGAGGCCACUACUACUGUCGUUACUUGGGAGACUGUGACUACUUGCCCGGUGACUAACACGGUUACCUCUGGUAGCUCCACUUUCGUGACUACCUCAAGCACCAUUUCAACCGUUACUAUGACUAGUGUCUCUACGAUCUGCACCGACUGCUCCGCUACCGCCACCUCCGUUGCUGGUCAGAGCACUGUUGCCCCGUCUGGUACCCCCGGUGUCUCGAUCAUUGUCGUUUCCAGCACUGGUUCAUCUGAUACACCUGGAGCUUCGAGCCUGGUCCCAUCUGGAACUUCCGAGGGAUCAAGCCCUGUCUCUUCUUCGUCUGCAGAGGCCUCCAGUCCCCUCCCCACCGGCUCCGAUGUCACUAGCUUGGUUCCCACCGGCGUGAGCGCUGAGACAACACCUGCUAUUCCCCAAGGAUCGACUGCCACGGUUGUAACUUAUGUAACUGAGACCACCUGUCCUGUGACUGCCACUGUCACUUCUGGGUCGUCGACUUUUGUCACCACAUCCAGCACGGUUUCAACUGUUACCUUGACCUCGACUUCCAACCUCCCCAGCUCUGUCGCUGCGGGAAGCACCCCGGCUCCCUCUGAGACAGGUGUCGCUGCCACCACUGCUCCCGCUGUCACCAGUGCCAACUCCACACCCACCAUUCCCGAGGGUGCCACUACCACCGUUGUGACUUAUGUGACCGAGACCACCUGCCCCGUGACCAACACCGUCACCUCGGGCUCCUCCACCUUCGUGACCACAUCCAGCACAGUUUCCACAGUGACCCUCACCUCCGUCGCAACCAUCGCGACUACCGCCACCGCUGCCACCGAGAGUCAAUCUACAUCCGUAGUCCCCAGCGGCGUGUCCCCAGUAUCGAGCCCCGCUCCCUCCGCUCCCUGCCCCAACACCGUACCCCAGUGCAUCAACACCUGGCUCUCGCUCGCGCCCAAGUGCACAUCCAACAGCGACGCCUCCUGCUUCUGCCCCAACAGCGAGUUCACCAGCAAAGUCAUCUCCUGCAUCCAAGCCUGGGGUGCCUCGAAGUCCGAGAUCCAAUCCGCCCUCUCCUACUUCACCGGUAUCUGCGCCACCUGGGUCCCCCAGAACCCAGGCAUCGUAACCGCCAUCCCAUCAACAAUCACCCUGAUCCCGACAGUUGCUCCGUCCGUCCCCGCAUCCGCAGCCGGUGUCACCGGCGCCACUGUGACUGCCCCCGCCAGCGUCGUCAUCCCCAUCACCUCCGCCCCCGCCCUCCCCGUCACCACAAUCACCUACUCGACCUACACCGUCACCGUCCCGCAGGUCAGCUUCGUCACAAACACCGGCUCUACGGCCGGUGCUGUGCCGACCAUCGGUCUGGUCCCGGCUGCUCCCAGCGGCACUUCCCCGGCAAACACCGGUGUUGUUCCCGCGCCCGCAUCCGCAACAUGGGCUACUUCGAGCGGGUACGCGUACGCCAGUCGCAGCGCCAGUGGAGUCGUCUCGCCCAGCGCGUCUCCGAUCUUCAACGCGGCUUCGAGCGUGUCGGUCGCUUCCAGCCUGCUGUUGGCUUCUCUCGCUGCUUUCUUCGGCUUGAUGAUGUAG